AGCUUUCGUUUCGCAUCAGCUGGAGCUGUUGGCGGCUGAGAGAGAGGUAUCUUCGGGCUGUUUGUCACUCCGUCUCCAGGGGCGUGUGACACGUCGUUAACCGAGCUGUCAAACUGCUCCCUUCACAGCCUCAAAGGUGCCAAAACCAGCAGCCAUGGCCACAGCGCAGUCGGUGUUGCUUCUCGCAGUGCACAUUCUGCUCAUCUCAGAGUUCAUCCUGGCCAAGAGAGACUACUACGACAUACUGGGGGUGACCAAAGAUGCCACUGAGCGCCAGAUCAAGAAGGCCUUCCACAAGCUCGCCCUGAAGUACCACCCUGACCGAAACAAGGGCCCGGACGCCGAGGCGAAGUUCAGAGAAAUAGCUGAAGCUUACGAGACGCUAUCAGACGAUAAGAGGAGGCGAGAGUACGACCAGUUUGGUCACGGCCCGUCACCAGGGGAGGGCCACGGAGGAGGUGGACGAGGGGGAGGUGGCAACUACAACUUCAACGAGCACUACCAGUCCUUUAACUUCAACUUUGAUGACAUCUUCAAAGACUUUGACCAUUUUGGUCAGCAGCAACGACACCAGCACCACUUCCACUCCCAGAAUCAGGCCCACCAAAAGAGACACUUUGACAGCCACUUCCAGGCUCAUCGGGAGACUAUGAACAGACAGAGGAGGCAGUUUCAGCAGGGGGGCUUUGGCGGAGGACUCUUUGACGACAUGUUUGAGGACUUGGAGAAGAUGUUCUCCUUUAACACGCACAGUUCCAGGACUGAGAGCAGAUUCCAGGGUUCGGGAAAGCAGCACUGCAGGACAGUGACCCAGCGUAGGGGGAACAUGGUGACCACCUUCACCGACUGCUCCUGAGAGGAGCAGAACACGGCGCUCUAUGGGACACUGCUGGGUUUUUUCUGUUGUGGUUUUGGAAUUGAGUGCUAAUUUAUCACUUGGUGGAACACAGAAUGAUUUUGUGUGGCUUUUUUUUUUUUUGUAAUUUUCUGUGUGUAAUUUCCUUUUAGGAACAAAUAUCCAAGUCGGCCUGAUACACGGCUGCUUCCGAGCAAUAACUCACGCACAUUAUUGCUGAUAGCACGACACAAGUCUCAUGCUGAUUAAGAUACCUCCCCAUUAUUUAGCUUACCGUGUUCAUUAUGUUUACUUGUGUUCAUUUCUCAUGAUGGUACAAUCUGUUAGACUCAGGUAUGGCCUAAGGUUAAAAGAUAAUUUGAAUUAAAAAGAUUUUUUUCGGAGCAAUGAAGCAAUAAGAUUUUGUCAUUCUGCAGCUACUAAGGCCAUACUGUUAUUGUGCUCUUAACAUAAAUCUUUUGCUAAUGUAAAACCAGGCUUUGCUCAUCUAAACAUAGUAUACCCUGGCCUUGUACAUGCUUAAAGAUUACACAGUUUAAGUUUCACGGAUGUUGAUUCAUAGAACUUGCAUCAAAUUUUGCUGUGAAAGUGGAGCUACACAGAAGAUGUGCGCAAGUUGGCCAUUAUCAACUGUUACCUCGUUUUAAGUUUCUUUCUACAGAGUUGCAUCUACCUUCACUCAGUCAGGGUAGGAAAUCAACAUCAGUCCUAUGACAAAUGCUGGUAUACUAAGCCAAAGGCGAAGUGUGUGUCCUCUGAGCUGUUUUUUGUAACCAGUUGUUUUGAUGGUUAAAAGAAAACCCCGGGGUCAUCUGCCAGUGAAGCUGAACGGUCUGAAAAGUUUCCUGAACUGAUCAUAACGUGCAAUAUUUAGCACCUUUGCUCUUCAUGUUGCCUAUCUUUCAUAGACAGUGCUGUAUAAAUGUCAUUGUCUUAUGUCUGCACUUUGUGUGUGUGUGUGUGUGUGUGUGUGUGUGUGUGUGUGUGUGUGUGUGUUGUGAGUGAGAGAGUGUGUGUGUUUGUAUGCUGAGAGUGGCCUAAAUGUUGAUGUGGUUGCAUAAUAGUUGGAGAAUUAAAUAAAAAAGUUACAC